CGUGUCUAUCUUUUUUUGUAAGGAUCACUAUAUUGAAGAAUGUCUGGAAGUUUCUACUUUGUGAUAGUUGGUCAUCAUGAUAAUCCCAUAUUUGAAAUGGAAUUUCUGCCUCCCGGAAAAGUAGAGUCCAAGGAUGAUCAUCGCCAUCUCAACCAGUUCAUUGCCCAUGCUGCUCUUGACCUAGUAGAUGAGAACAUGUGGCUUUCUAACAACAUGUAUCUGAAGACUGUGGACAAGUUUAACGAAUGGUUUGUUUCUGCUUUUGUCACAGCUGGACAUAUGAGAUUUAUAAUGCUUCAUGACAUAAGGCAAGAAGACGGAAUUAAGAAUUUCUUUAAUGAUGUAUAUGACUUGUACAUAAAGUUUGCAAUGAAUCCAUUCUAUGAACUCAAUUCUCCUAUUCGAUCCAGUGCCUUUGAAAGGAAAGUACAGUUCCUUGGGAAGAAACACCUUUUAAGCUGAAUAAAUAACUUUCCUGAGUGAGUGCUUUUUCCAUACUUCCCUGAUUAUUUGAACUGUAGUUCUUCUGGUUAGUUCUCAGCAUGUUUGAUAUUCACCUUUCUGAAGAUUGACAAAUUGGAUGCUGAAGGUUUGGGGUUUUUUUCCCCGAUAUGGAUAAGAACAGUCAAGCUUCUCUGGUUAAAAUGUGUAUCUUAAGAAGUUUCCUUUUAUGUGUUAUGAAAACUAAGUUUAAAAAUGUCAGGGGCUGAAUAGGUACAAACUGAGACAUGUGGGUGUCAAUGCGUAUGCAAAAUGUAAGUCUUUUAUACAGGGUGGGAGGAAAUUGGAUCUAAACACAGACGACCUCUCCAGUCAUGUGAUUUAAUAUGAGCAAAAGGGAAUUCUUGACUGUUUGGCCUAAGUGGCUAAUUUUGUUAUAAACCUUUCUGCUUGAAGUCCUUUGCUAGAGAACUUACUCUGCAGACUAACCAGACUAACUUUACUCUUCAUGGUAUUAAAUCAGGUCUAUAUUAAUAUUGUAAUGUGCAAUGUAUGUAUUAUAAAGUGCUAAAUAAAAAGAAAAGAGGAUAUGUCAGCAAAGGUUUGUCUUCAGUAUUUCAGGAAGUUUUGAGAAAAAAACUUUGUUUUAAGGCUUAAAAUUGCAAAUUUAAGACGUUUAGUGCAAUACAUGUUUAGCUGCAGUGUUGCAUCAAUGAAAUGAAUUAAUAAAGUAGACCAGAACAGCUAUGUCUGCCCUGACUUUAAUUCUAAUUAACACAUGGAAAAAAACUAAACUAAAUUUACAUGCUUAAACCCACUUCUUUCCAUUAUCUCUGCAAGUGCUGAAAUUUUCUUUUUGAAAAUAUAUUUAGUCGAGGAUCUUUGAACCAUGAAACCUCAACUAUUUGUUGAGGUUUCAGAAAGGCAUUAUUUGGCUGGUCUGGCUACUAUUCCGUUGUAAAAUGUGGUUAGGGACCCUUUUGCAAAACUUACCAUCAUUCCAAAACAGUCAUUUUUAAAUGGGUCAUUUGGCAUAUACGUACCUAAUAUUUUGGUUGGUUUCACAAUGUUUUAAGUAGUCUGUUUCCUUUUGCAGCAAAUCUGUAUAAGCUAUUUUCUCAGACAUUUUUAUUAAAUGUCUGAGAAGUCAUUUCCCAAAGGAAAUUCCCAAUGGGAAGUAAUUCCCAUUCCCAUGCUGUUCUAGGAAGUACAUUUUGCAUAGUCUGUAUAAUUAAAGGGACCACACAUAUAUGUGCUUUAAAUGUAUAGUCAGUCAUUAUUUCUUUGUAAUUACACUUACUGCUAAACUGUCACUGUAAAAUAUUCCAUGAGAAAAAGAACAGGAUAUAAAGGUUGCAAUAUUUACCUUAAAUAAAACGUGGAACGAUGCAGU